AUGGACAGCCCUGUUCCAGUGUUCUCGCCCACAUUAGAGCUCAAAGAUUUGCAAAACCGUGAACAAUCUGUUGUUAAAAUGGCAUCCACAGCAUGUGGACUAGAUACACCCACUCACAACGGUAAUUCAAAACGAACAUCUCCCCUGGUUCUCAGGUCUAAGUACUCCAGCAGGUAUGAUAGAGAAACUCAGGUAGAAAGAAAGGUCAGUGUGAAAGCUGAGCCCAGCAGUCCACUUGCAGACCCCAUGGACAUUAUCCGAAUCACAGUUGGAGAUGCGCUGCCCGUCAAUCUGAAAGACCUGCAGGCAAAUUAUGACCAAGGUUUAAGGCCAGAUGUCAAUUCUUAUGGUAAAAGGAGGGACCGGCCAGACAACAGGAGAUACCCGUUCAAGAAGAGCAAAAUGUUUAAAGAGCAUCCCCUGAUGCUUGAUGAGAACUUGCCAGUAGCUCAAAGUGCCAGCAGCGACGUAAACAAGAACAGUGUAGCGCCACCUCAGAACAAAGUCUUCAAAUGCUGGAACUGUUUAAAGGUUUUUAGGUCCAGCGCUGGAUUACAUCGGCACGUAAAUAUGUAUCACAACCCCGAAAAGCCGUACGCUUGUGACAUCUGCCACAAGCGCUUCCAUACCAACUUCAAAGUGUGGACUCACUGCCAAACUCAGCAUGGUGUGGUACAAAACCCGGCCUCAUCCUCCAGCUCCUCUGUACUGGAUGAGAAAUUUCAGAAGAAACUGAUAGACAUCGUAAGAGAGCGGGAGAUAAAGAAAGCUUUGCUCUGGAAGUUAAAGAGGAACAAGCAGGGUUUACAGUCUCCUGCACUUUCCAAAAAGAGGUCCAGGCCCAGCUCUAUUUGUCCUUACUGUGGGAAAGUCUUUGUAUUCCAGUCUCAGUACAGGCAGCAUUUAAGGACACAUCCUCCUGAGAAAGCCGACCAGGACACAGCGGACAGGAGCAUCAUCUACCAGGAACAGGAACAUGAGUUCAGUCAACAGAAGAACACAGACGCUGGUGUGUACUCCUGCAGGCUUUGUAACAUGAAGCUGUCUUCAAUCUUUGAACAGGGCGACCAUGAGAGGGGCUGUCGACAUGCAACUGUAUGUCCCUACUGCGGCCUCCGCUUCUCCUGCCCAACAGUCAAAAAAGACCACGAGACACAUUGUAAGUACAAGAAACUGACAUGCUUGGAAUGCAUGCGGACCUUCAAGUCAUCCUUCAGUAUAUGGCGUCACCAGGUGGAGGUCCACAACCAAAACAUGAUGACUGUUAAAGACCAGAUUCACCUGCAGCAACUAGGAAACGAUGAGGAGUCCUCUAAAAUGCUCACUGAGGAUGAUUACCAAGAAGAGCCUUUGGCAACCAGGGAUUUAAGAAAGACAGCCAGCUACAGUGACUCUGCAGGUCCACCAAUGUAUGACUCAGAAGACUCCUCAUCCUUUGUGCCUGAGGACCUGAGCAUGGGCCACCAUGGCAAGCUGGUUGUAAAAGAAGAGCCCUUAGAAGAGGCUGUGAGUGAGAGGGAGAACACAGAGGCUUCAAAAACUGGACCUGAAGAACCUGGCGUGUGGCCAUGUGAGAAAUGCGGGAACCUUUUCAGUUCUCGCAAAGAUCUGGAGCGGCACCAGGAGCUGCUCUGUCACAUCAAACCAUUCAUAUGUCACAUCUGCAACAAAGCCUUCAGGACUAACUUCCGCCUUUGGAGCCACUUCCAGUCCCACAUGUCAACCGCUAACGAACCUGGAGCCAAAGACGUUGACAGACAUUCCUCGCCCUCGUCUCCAUCCCCUCCCACAACCCCGCAGAACUCUGAACGUCGCUCCCCACAGGCCCCCGUGCUCAGGUCCACACAAACAGCAGCUGGAGCAGUGGCUGAAGAGUCCAGCAGCCCUGAGCCCUGUAGCUCUUCAGUCAAUCAGACAAAGAGGCCCGAACUGGAACAUCAACCCAGCAGCCACAGCCCUCUGUCAAGGUCCAACAGCAUGGAGAAUCCAGGCCCUCAGGAAUCAGACACGCUCUUUUACCAUGCACCAUCCCUCUCUGCCCUGACGUUCAAGAGGCAGUACAUGUGCAAACUCUGCCACAGGACCUUUAAGACUGCGUUCAGUCUCUGGAGCCACGAGCAGAGUCACAACCACAUGUGA